UUUUUUCUGUAUUCAAGUGUAAACUGGAUUUGGAUUGCGCGCUAAGCUUCAUGAGGUGAAGAUGGCGGAACAACCGCAAGCUACUGGUGCGACGACUCCGGAUGUCGACGCCCCGGAUACAGGGCAGUCGACGGCGCAACUACCCAAGAAACCCGCCCGACCCCGGGGCAAAGCGCAACCAGAGAAACCGAAGAGGAGUCUUUUAUGUUUAGACUUGAAGAAUCCGUUAAGGAAGCUGUGCUAUGAUAUUGUUGAAUGGAAACCAUUCGAGUAUAUGAUCCUGACGACAAUCUUUGCUAACUGCAUCGCUUUAGCUGUCUUCACACCAUAUCCAUCUGGAGAUACAAACGACACCAACCAAAUAUUGGAGAAAGUGGAAUGGAUCUUUAUGGCUAUAUUUACCGCUGAGUGCGUGAUGAAGAUCAUCGCGUACGGCUUCCUAUUCCACCCCGGAGCCUACCUCAGGAACACGUGGAACAGUCUUGACUUCACCAUCGUCACUAUUGGAAUAGCAAGUCAGAUCCUGCAGCACAUAUCAAAAGACCUUUUCGAUGUCAAAGCCUUGAGAGCCUUCAGGGUGUUACGACCACUUCGAUUGGUCUCCGGAGUACCUAGUCUUCAGAUAGUGUUAAACUCGAUCCUUAAAGCGAUGGUACCGCUGUUCCACAUCGCAUUCUUGGUGCUGUUCGUCAUUAUCAUUUACGCCAUCAUUGGUCUGGAGCUUUUCUCCGGCCUUCUUCACAAGACUUGUUUUAUUAAUGGAACUGACAAUAUGGCGGAUGAUCCGGCGCCUUGCUCCAGUGAAAAAGAUGUCGGCAAGAAUUGCGGCGAAGGUUUAGAAUGCAAGGAACAUUGGGAUGGCCCUAACUUCGGCAUCACAAAUUUUGACAACAUUGGCUAUGCCAUGCUUACUGUCUUUCAGUGCAUCACCCUGGAAGGCUGGACUGAUAUUAUGUACGCUAUUGCAAACGUGAAGGGAAACACUUGGGUGUGGAUAUACUUUGUCACGUUGGUCAUCUUUGGCAAUUUUUUCGUGAUGAACCUAAUUCUCGGUGUGUUGUCAGGAGAGUUCUCAAAAGAGAGAGAGAAAGCAAAAAACCGAGGAGAUUUCCAGAAGUCAAGAGAGAGACAGCAGUUUGAAGAUGAUUUAAAAGGUUACUUGAACUGGAUUACUGUUGCUGAGGAAUUGGAUCUGGAGAACGACCAGGGGCAGAAGGAGGAAAACCAAGAUUCGCAAGGUAAUAAAAAGGAACGCAGAAAUAACGAUGACUCUCAAAGCAACAUCAAUGGAAACGGCGAUCCACCUCAGGUCACGACUUGCAAAAUGUACUGUCGGAGGUUUGAUAAAGUGAACCGUCGCAUGCGCAGGACUUGUAGGAAAGCUGUGAAGUCACAAACCUUCUAUUGGGCCAUCAUCGUGCUAGUCUUCCUCAACACUUUGGUCCUGGCGACGGAACAUCAUGGGCAACUAGAGUGGCUUGAAGUGUUCCAGAACUAUGCCAAUUACUUAUUUGUGGUUUUGUUCACGAUGGAGAUGUUAGUCAAGAUGUACGCACUGGGAUUUCAAGGCUACUUUGUCUCCCUGUUCAACCGUUUCGACUGCUUUGUAAUGUUCUGCUCUAUCGUGGAGCUGGGUCUCACUACCUCCGGCACCAUGCCGCAGCUUGGUAUUUCCGUGCUUCGGUGUGUACGGCUUCUGAGGGUUUUCAAGGUUACCAAGUAUUGGCGCUCUCUGUCCAACCUCGUUGCAUCUCUCCUCAACUCCAUCCAAUCCAUCUUCUCCCUCCUUCUUCUGUUGUUUCUCUUCAUCGUUAUCUUCGCGUUGCUCGGUAUGCAAGUGUUUGGAGGCAGAUUCGACUACGACCCAGUGGAGCAGAAGGAAAGACAUAAUUUUGACUCUUUUUGGCAGGCUGUGCUCACUAUGUUCCAGAUUCUUACCGGUGAAGACUGGAACGUGGUAAUGUACCAUGGUAUCAACGCAUACGGUGGUGCUGGAAGCCCGGGAAUGCUGGCUUCUAUAUACUUUAUUGUUAUCUUUAUCUGUGGUAACUAUAUCCUGCUCAACGUUUUCUUGGCUAUCGCUGUGGAUAAUUUAGGUGAUGCAGAGGAAAUGGAUGCGCAAGAGAUUGUUAAAGAAAAAGAGGGUGCUGACAAUCCUGAAGCCGGAAACCCUCAGUUAGAUGAAGAGAGAGGAGAAACCGAUGAUGAAUACGUCAAUGAGGAAGAAGGAUAUUCUAGCGAAGGAUCUGAACACGAGUAUGAGGAAACAGGGUCAGAAGAAGAGGUGGAGCAACCAGAGGAGGAAGAUAACGUCAAUAAUGUUUUAGUUACUACUGAGAAGAAAGAAAAUGGUGAUAUUAAGAAAGAUGAAUCUCCACCACCAAAAGUGUCUGCUCGACCGCGAAGGCUAUCAGAAGUUGAGAUCAAGACGGACGAGAAGCCCAUACCGGAAGGAACAAGUUUCUUCAUAUUUUCUCAAACUAACUGGUUCCGUGUGACCUGUUACAAAAUCCAAAACAAUUCUUGGUUCAGAAAUAUGAUCUUGCUUUGUAUUUUGGCUUCGUCUGUUAUGUUGGCAAUGGAGGAUCCGGUUGGAAAGAAGGAAAGUGAGACCAUGACCGAGGUUCUUCGCAAAAUCGACUACUUCUUUACAGCAGUAUUCACAUUGGAGUUGUUGCUGAAAGUUGUGACUUACGGAUUCGUCCUUCACAAAGACGCCUUUUGCAGAUCUGCUUUCAAUCUACUAGAUUUGCUUGUCGUGAUCGUUUCCCUCGUUUCUGUUAGUGGAUCAAAAACUGUAUCAUCUAUAAAAAUCUUGAGAGUAUUUCGAGUACUCAGACCACUCAGAGCCAUCAACAGAGCAAAAGGAUUAAAGCACGUAGUUCAGUGCGUGAUCGUUGCUAUUAAAACGAUAGGCAACAUUUUGCUGGUGACAAACCUUCUACAAUUCAUGUUCGCUGUAAUGGGGGUGCAAAUGUUCAAGUAUGUCGUGAAAUGUGUUUUCGCUUCUAUAAAGUCGAUUGGUAAUAUCCUUGUGAUAAACCACAUGUUACAAUUCAUGUUUGCUGUUGUCGGCAUACAACUGUUUAAGGGAAAAUUUUAUAGAUGCACAGAUAUAACAAAAGUGACAUCUGAUGAGUGUAGAGGAGCUUAUCUGAUAUACAAAGACGGCCGACUGCAAUUGGAGGAUCGGCAGUGGGUUAACUACAAGUUUAAUUUCGACAAUGUUCUCAAGGGUAUGCUAACGCUCUUCACUGUAUCUACUUUUGAGGGUUGGCCAGGGUUGCUGUCAACCUCAAUGGACUCUAACAUGGAAAACCACGGUCCGGUGGAGAAUUCAAGGCCUUUGGUUGCAUUUUUCUAUAUAAGCUACAUUAUUGUCAUAGCAUUCUUUAUGGUAAACAUUUUCGUCGGUUUCGUCAUAGUGACUUUCCAGAAGGAGGGUGAACAGGAGUUCAAGGAUUGCGAGCUUGAUAAGAACCAGAGAAAUUGUAUUGAGUUUGCUUUAAAAGCGAAACCUGUUAGAAGAUACAUUCCAAAGCACCGAAUCCAGUACAAAACGUGGUGGUUCGUGACAUCACAGCGGUUUGAGUACGUCAUCUUUUUCUUCAUCGUCCUCAACACCAUCGCCCUCAUGAUGAAAUACCACAACGCUAAUGCUGAAUACAAAAAGGCCCUGGAUUAUUUGAACAUGAUUCUCACAACAGUGUUUAUGUUGGAGUUUGUGUUUAAAUUGUCUGCUUUCAGAUUUAAGAAUUACUUCGGAGACGCAUGGAACACUACGGAUUUUAUUUUGGUAGUCGGCAGUAUCAUAGAUAUUGUUGUCACGCAGGUUAACGAAAAUAGAGCAGAUUUCCGCAUCAUCGUAAAUCAAAAUAACGAGGGUAAUCUGUUAAAAUACAUCACAUUCUUCCGUUUGUUUCGAGCGAUGCGUCUCAUAAAACUGCUAUCAAGAGGAGAAAGGAUAAGAACGUUACUGUGGACUUUUAUUAAGUCUUUUCAAGCUCUACCUUACGUUGCCUUGCUGAUUGUUCUACUGUUCUUCAUUUACGCUGUGGUUGGAAUGCAGUUAUUCGGUAAAAUAGAAGAGGACGGCGAGGUUAUUACUUCAAACAACAAUUUUCAAACGUUCGGUGGUGCGUUGAUGGUGCUGUUCAGAUCAGCUACAGGUGAGGCGUGGCAAGAGAUAAUGAUGGCUUUAUCGCCCAAUGAGGAUGAGCGACCAGGGGCACCCCCUGGGUGUAUCCACGCGGAUAAUUACAAUGCAACCGAUGCUGAUGACAACAACUGUUCCAGUCGACUCGCGUACCCUUACUUCAUAUCUUUCUCCCUGCUCUGUACAUUUCUGAUCAUCAACCUGUUCGUAGCUGUUAUUAUGGAUAACUUCGACUACCUGACUAGAGACUGGUCUAUUCUUGGACCUCAUCACUUGGACGAGUUUGUGAGAUUAUGGAGUGAGUAUGAUCCAGAUGCAAAGGGGAGAAUCAAGCACCUGGACGUAGUGACACUUUUAAGAAAAAUUAGUCCACCAUUAGGUUUCGGCAAGCUAUGCCCGCAUAGAACGGCAUGCAAGAGGUUGGUAUCGAUGAAUAUGCCCCUCAACUCGGAUGGUACUGUUAACUUCAAUGCCACACUAUUUGCAGUUGUACGGACACAGCUGCAAAUAAAAACCUCAGGAGUAAUAGACAAAUGUAACACGGAACUGCGUGCUAUCAUCAAGAAAAUCUGGAAGCGAACGUCACCGAAGCUUCUAGAUCAAGUAGUACCGCCGCCCGGUGAUCCUAAUGAAAUCACUGUUGGAAAAUUCUACGCUACUUUCCUUAUACAGGAUUACUUUAGAAGGAACCAUGCGUUCCGUAAGAAGAAAGAGCAAGAGGCGAUGAAGAACAAUCAGAUGACCUUGCAGGCUGGCUUACGGAAGUUACACGAAGCUGGACCGGAGUUAAAGAGAGCUAUAUCUGGGAAUCUGGAUGAGGUUGUCACGGAAAUGGUGGAGCCUAUGCAUAGGCGAAAUCACACAUUGUUCGGCGCGGUAUGGACAAGUAUCAAAAAAGGACGAGAAAGCUUCUAUCGUCCUCCUGUGUCGAAAAAGUCAAAAGGUCCGAUGAAGAAUAGUCAGUCACUGAGUGUGAUGAUGCAAAGAGAACUUGGCAUGGAUGGAAAACUGCCACUUGAUGAUGACCUGAGUAAACAAGAUGACGGCAAUCAAAGUGAUGGUGAUGAAGAGAUAGCGAUGCAGCCUCUACUGCAUGGCAAAGACUCCGAAAGGAUUUUCAAAGCUAUCGAACAAACGUCGAACGAUUUAAUGCAGAGUAUGAGAAAAAACUAUCGUGACAGAACGCCAAGACAGAACCUCGACGUGCCUUACUGUGUAGAGAAUCCGGCGGAGAACCUUAUCACCCGUGUUCUGACGCAGCAAGGAUUGGGCAAGUAUUGUGACCAAGAGUUCAUCUCGAGCACGGCGCGCGAGAUUCAGGAGGCGCUCGAUCUCACGCAGGAGGAAAUGGAUACUGCCGCCAAUCAAAUUCUAUUACAAGAGCGACGACGCAACUGUGAAGAACCUGCUGAUGUGAUAAGUGUACUAUCAGGACGGUACCACCCUUUUCACCAGCCACCAACCCAGUCCCCGAGAAUGAAAUAACGGGCUAAUACGUGUUGUUUUGGUUCCCUAUUCCCACCCGUACGGUUGACAACCGCACGGGUUUGUUCCCUUUUUGGGUUUUUGUGCGCUUCGGCUUUGAGGCAAGAGGCGGGAAGAUUUUUGUUGAAUAUUUUAGGUGUUUUUAGUAUUCGGAAAUCAGUUUUGAGGCCAUUCAAAAAUGAUGUAUGACAUCAUCCUGAUAGAAAAGUUAAAAUUUAGUAAAUAGUCUAUCAACCGUUAUCGAACGAUGAGUAUAAAAUAUGUUUGGUUUAAAAAAAAGGCUUUUACAAGAAUGUACCUAGGUAUUGUUGUUUCUCAAAACUGAUUUUAGAUACGUAGUUAUUUAGAAUUUAUUAGUAGCGUUCGGUAAAAAAUUUAGUACUGUUUCCAAUCAUUUUAGUCUA